AUAUUCAGUUCAUCCAGCUUUUUUUUUCUUAAUUCUCUCUUCUUAAUUGCUUCCAGUUAUCAUCAUCGAUAAAACUUAAACAGCAACAAUGGCGGCGGCGCUCACAGUUUACCCAACGGUGAGAGCGUAUUUCGCCUGCUCGAUAACGCUGUCGUUGAUGAUGAUAAUCAUCUACAAUUUCAUGACCUAUUACUCCAAUAAACCUACUUAUACGAUCAGCGACGACUACACGGCGGUGGCGGAGCAGAUCUCCGGCGAUGUGUAUCACUGGGCGGAGGGUUUCAGGAUGGAUUACGCCCAAAUGGAGAGGAAAUUGAAGAUCUACGCUUACCCCGCACCAGCAGAUCAACGCUACUCGAAUUAUCAGACGAUUACUGGAAAGUACGCGAGUGAAGGAUAUUUCUUCAAAAAUAUCAGGGAGAGCUCCUUCCUCACAGAUGAUCCUGAACUUGCGCACCUCUUCUUCAUCCCCAUUUCUGCCCACAAAUUGCACCAGAAGGUUUCAUCAUAUGAUGAAAUGGCAGCAAUUAUAGGGGAAUAUAUCCAGAGAUUGAUAAUCAAGUACCCUUACUGGAACAGAAGUUUAGGCGCCGAUCACUUUUUCCUGACUUGCCACGAAAUCGACACUCGAGCGACAGAGCGGGCCCCACUUCUCGCCGUAAAAAACUUGAUUCGCGUUGUGUGUUCGCCUACUUAUAAUUCCAGUUUCGUCCCACACAAAGAUGUUUCACUUCCCUUGAUAAAUAUGCCAUUCUCAAAGCCUCCACCAUCUACAGCAAAUGACCUCCAAAACAGGACAAUACUUGGUUACUGGGCUGGUGUGUGCAAUACUGAGAUAAGAGAGAGAAUGGUGAAACUGUGGAGUAAAGAUUUAGAACUGGAAAUCCAGAAUGAAACAGCUUAUAAUCAUGCCAGAAUGACAAAAUUCUACACUUCUAAAUUCUGCAUCUGCCCUGCUGGUUCAAGAAUCACUAGCAAUAGAAUCAUAAUGGCCAUUCGUUAUGGAUGUGUGCCCGUAAUCAUGUCGGAUUACUACGAGUUGCCAUUCAAGGACGUUCUUGAUUGGCGAAAAUUCUCUGUUAUUUUGAGAGAGCGCGACGUCUACAAUCUCAAGGGAAUUUUGAAGGCCAAAGCAGGUGCAGAAUUCAGAAUGCUACACACUAAUCUGCUCAAGGUGCAGAACCGUUUCGAGUGGAACACGCCACCAGUCAAAUACGAUGCGUUCAACAUGGUUCUCUACGAUCUAUGGUUGAGGCGGUUUGUCAUUAAAUAAUAAAUCAACCUUGUCAAUAAUUCUGUAGGAUAAUACAAGUGUGCCAUAAACAAUACUGCAAUAGUUGUUUGUCUAAUAUUCUCUUCCAUCACAAACAAAAAUAAAAAAAAGUUUCGUAAAAUUACAAUUCCCGAUUGAUCAUUCAUUACAUGCGUUUGGAGGGAGAUACAUCAAAUCCGCAAAUCCAAUUCCAACACAAAAUUACAUAGAAAA